GAAACUGUGAAAGCAAUUCCCAUGUUCCCUCUUCAUUUAUUGCUCAACUUCCUCUCCACCAUCGUCCAAAGGAUCAAGAUCUUCGCUUUCUCUCUCAUCAUGUCAGAAAACCUCAAGAACCACGAAGAACAAGAAGAGCCACUGUCCCCUCGACAGGACCCUGAUCCUUUCAACCCGGUCUCGCCGUCGACCCCCAUAUCCUACCCAAUCAAGACCCUUGAAGAGCUGGAAUCCCGCUCCUACUUCGAAUCUUUUCACUACCUAUAUAACAGGGCUACUGUUUCUCUCCAGACAAAGCAAGGUGAUUUGCCCAACAGGCCGAGGAUCCUGGUUUGCCAUGAUAUGCAAGGUGGGUAUCUGGAUGAUAAGUGGGUGCAAGGUGGGGACAACGCAGAGGCUUAUGCAAUAUGGCAUUGGUACCUCAUGGACGUCUUCGUCUACUUCUCUCAUAAUCUCGUCACUCUGCCUCCUCCUUGUUGGACUAAUGCUGCUCACAGACAUGGCGUUCGGGUUUUGGGGACGUUCAUUGCUGAAUGGGAAGAGGGACGACUUGCUUGCAACAAGCUGCUUUCAACAAAGGAUUCUGCUCGGAUGUAUGCUGAGCGCUUGGCACAACUUGCUGCUGCAUUGGGCUUUGAUGGAUGGCUGAUCAACAUGGAGGUCGACCUGAAAUUGGAACAAAUCCCCAUUAUGCUCGAAUUUGUCAGCCAUUUGACCCAGACAAUGCACUCCUCGGUGCCUGGGUCUUUAGUUAUUUGGUACGACAGUGUAACCAUCCAUGGCCAUCUUAAGUGGCAAGAUCAAUUGAACAACUACAAUAAACCUUUCUUUGAUCUUUGCGAUGGCAUUUUCGUAAAUUACACAUGGCGGGAAAACUAUCCGAGGCUUUCAGCUGCUGUUGCAGGUGAUAGGAAGUAUGAUGUUUACAUGGGCAUUGAUGUAUUUGGAAGGAACACUUACGGUGGCGGACAAUGGAAGGCAAGUGUUGCACUAGAUGUGCUGAAGAAGGACGAAGUUUCAGCAGCUAUAUUUGCUCCAGGAUGGGUCUAUGAGACUAAGCAGCCACCUAAUUUUGAGACUGCUCAAAAUCAUUGGUGGAGUCUUGUUGAAAACUCAUGGGGAGUACUGCAAAGAUAUCCAAAAUCACUACCAUUUCACUCCAAUUUUGAUCAGGGUCGUGGCUAUCAUUAUUCUGUUGAUGGAAAUCAGAUAUCUGAGGCAUCUUGGUGUAACAUAUCUUGCCAAAGUUUUCAGCCUUUCCUUGAGUUCCAUGGAGAUGGUACCGACAAUCCCAUUGUUGUCAGUGUGAAUCUUAAGGAAGCGUCCUUCAGCGGAGGAGGGAAUAUCACGUUUAAAGGAACUCUCAAAGGCAAUGCUUAUUUCACAGCCAGGCUUUUUGAGGCAGACCUUCCUUUAGGAAAUUCACCGAUGUACUUCACUUACUCGGUAAAAUCGGAGGGCAGUUCCCUUGUGGGCCUUUCCCUGGAAUUUUCCUCGGAAAAGAAUGAGAGGAACACUGUACUUCUCGCAUCCCACGGAAACGCUCUAGAUACGAUGAAUCAGUUUGUCCGUAGAUUCAGUGAAGUGAUUAUGCCACGUCGGGUUACGAAGCUGGAGAGCUCCCCGGAAUGGGUCAUACUGGAGAGUAGCAUAUCGAUGGACGGCUACACCUUGAAAGGAAUCCGCGCUUUAUGCUACAGGCCACUGAGUACGACAUCUGGAUCAGGUGACCGAUCAGUGGAGUUUUAUGCAGUUCUCGGUCACAUUACUAUCAAGACUGAGGAGCGGAACUCGUUCCUUCCACCCUCUAGCUCGUGGCUAGUUGAGGGUCGAGAUAUCAAGUGGGCCUCUGAUUCUCAUGGUUCGAAGACCGUCAGUCUCAAGAUUACAUGGGAAUGGAGAGACGGUAAUUCUCCAUACUUCAGUUAUAAUGUGUAUGUAGAGGAAAUAAUCAAAAUGGAAGGUACAGGCCAAGACGAGCUCAUGUCAAAGGGUGCGCGGAAAUACCUCGGGGCAGCGCAAGUAAGGUCCUUCUAUGUGUCUGACCAUGUUGUGCAGCUGAGCGUCACGAGUCUCAAAUUCAUCAUCCAAGUAUGCACCCUCGACGGGGCUUGUCAGAAGCUGGACGAGUCCCCACGUUUUGCUCUCAACAGUUGAGGCUCUUUUCGCUUGCAUCAGACGGGAUAUUCAUUCUUGAUCUCCUCUUCGUUGCGGGAAGGACGAGUUAAUUCGUUACUAUUGAUAUCAGCCAACCACAAAUCGACUGUUUAUGACGAUGGAGCGUCCACGUCGGGCGCGCUUUCCAGCGUCAUAACGACUCAUUAUCGAUGCGUUGUAUCCAGUUGCAUAUUCAUUAGUGAUAUGUACAAUACAAUAAGGAUGAUACGCGAAGCUCUUACAGUAUGGAUCAAUUCCGCCGAUGUGAACGAUCAUCAGAGGAGAGAA